AUGGCGUGGACGCAAGCGAGGAGGACAGGUGGACAGGACGGGCGGACGGUCAGGGCGGAGUCCUACUCCUACAAGAAGUGGAUGGCGGCAGCGGCAACGGCGGCGGCGGCAAAUCGGGAAGAAAGAAGCAACGCGACCCAGAUGGAACGGACAGAGGAAUUGGGAGGAGAUGAAGAGGAUGCGAUGCGAUUACUCAAUCCUGGCGGAAUCCGGGUGGAGGAAGCGGACGCCACAGAAAUCCUGGGAGGGAUUAAAGCGCGCGCCCCACGCCCCCACGAGUAUGAUUGCGACGCGGGCGAGAGUGAGAGCGGAGGAGGAGGGGUUUGGUUGGGGAUUGAAGAAGGGAGAGAGAUUGCCGCAGGAGAGAAGGCAGGUUCGGGACGACGACGGCGGCGGUAA